AUGAACGGAAACGAGAAUAGUCCUCGAUAUAAUGAAACUACGGUUCCUACAGUGGGGGAUUCUUCGAGUGAUACUGAUAUUCAAGUAGGACAAAAUCGAGGUGUAGACACUAAGAACUACGAUAAACAUGAUAAUAAAGCUUUCGAUAUGAGUAGUAAUCACAAUGGUAACUCUGAUAACUUACAAAUCGACAAUGCAUCAUCUUCUGCAACGAGGGAUUUGAAAAACGUCAAAAGUGUUAACAACCAAAAUAUAAAACUAGAAGAAUCUAGUAACACAAAUUCAGUCAUAGAAGACUCAUCUGAACCUAAAAUAUCUAAAUUAGAAAAUGUGGACCUUGCAACCACGGUAGGUGGUUCACAAACUAGAAAAUACCUGAAUGCAAAUGUGACGCCGCAUUUAUUAGCGGGCAUGAGGCUCAUAGCCGUACAGCAACCAGAUGAUCCGUUACGUGUUUUAGGUGAAUAUCUAAUCGAGCAAAGCAACAUACUGAAAAGUGGAGAAAACGAGAGUAAUGCUAGUAUAUGA